CUAGUGCUAUGCCUGUCAAUGAAUUAGAAGGGAGAAGGUUUAGCAUAUUUAUUUCAUGUAUAUUGUAUAUAGCUGGAGCUAUUUUAGAAGCCAAUGCUUCAUCCUUUGGAAUUGUAAUGACAGGAAUAGCAACAAAAAUAAUAAUAUUAGGUUUGAGAGUUGGAAUGGAAUACAUAACAGUGCCUCCAUAUAGUUCCAAAUGUCCAGCAAAGAAAUGACGAGGAGGAGGCCUCGAGAGUUGGUUAGCUAUGUCUUCAGUGUAACCUUUCUUCACAUUCAUGUUUGGUUCUUCUCUUUCGUUUUUUCUACUAUUCUUGGAACAGAUAUCUUGUUCUUAUCAGAAAAUCCAAGUUGGAUGAUGCACAAGAAGAAGAGAUUGACCAGUUAUGAUACUUGGAAAUAUAUAAGAGGAUUCGAUGUUGCAGAAGAAAAGGUGGAAUUUUGUAAAAUGGAAAGUGUAGUAGUUGAAGAAGAAUUCACUCAAGCGAAAAGUAAAAUGAUCUGGUUUUAUUUCUUUAUUAUUCCUCAUCGUCGAAAAGCAGCUAUUCAUGGUAUUAUGAUGUUUGUCUUUCAACAAUUUUCAGGUGCCAUUGCAAUGAUGUAUUAUCUCAUUACCAUCUAUGAGAAAGCUGGAGUUUCAGCACAAGAUGCAUUAUAUUUGAGUAGGAUAGGAGGAGGUUCUUUUUUCUUUUCCACUAUUGCAUUAGGGUUGUUACUAGGAACACUCGCAAGUAUUAUCAUUGUUGGAUUGAAUUUCUCAACCUCUGGUUUAACUACUAGAAUAGCUGUAUACACUGUCGAAGUUGUGCUUUAUCAACUGUUUUGGAGCUCUUCUUUAGGACCUAAUCCUUGGGUUAUCAACUCGGAGAUCGAUCAGACUUGUAUCUAAAGUCGACAUUAGCUAAUAUGAGUUUCAUUUUUACUGCAACCAAAGUUAUGUUGAGGAAUUUUGAAAGUAUGACAAAUCCAGGCAUAGGCUUUUGUGAUGGUAUCACAAUCCUUGGCUGGUUCUAAUUUUGGUUGCUUGCUCCAGAAACCACAUGUUUGACUUUGGAAGAAACAAAGAAUAUCGUUUCCAAGUCGUCAUUCGAGUCAACUGGAAAGGAAGGAAGAAAUGGUUUGCUAGUCUCAUCAAAACUACAUCAUCAUUGCCAUCAAGUAGCGAUACAGAACAAGUUGCGUUAUAGAGACGGAAUGAGUUUUCUUUUCAUUUGCAUGAAUAAAGUUUUCAUUUUCUAU